CCGCCCAAAGGCUCUUUCCAAUCUUCCUUGCUUUCCUUAACGACUAAGGAGCCUCGAAGUCGAGUCACCCAACUAACGUGUUUUAACGUUCAAAGGACUCUCCUUGUUUUCUGCGACGCUCUCCGAUACCGACAUGUUUUAGAUAUUUUUUUUUUCUCUCGUUUGGGGGUGUAAAGCAAACCGCUUUGGAGGACGCAGAAUCAGAUUUAUCAUUUACCAUCACAUUCAAACAUUACGACGAUGAAGCUGACCAUUAUUAGGUUCUCUGCGGCUGUGUUACUGAGCCUUUUGGUGAUGCUUUUUGGGGUCUGUGAAUUAGGGCACUGCUUUGGAGACGACCAACUCAUAAAGAUGAAACUUGGAGGGGUUCACGACUGCAAGGGUUCUCAGAACAGCGCCGAGAUCGACAGCCUCGCACGCUUCGCCGUCCUAGAGCACAACAAGAAAGAGAAUACCCUUCUUGAGUUUGAAAAGGUUUUGAAGGCCAAAGAGCAGGUGGUUUCCGGUAAGAUAUACUAUCUGACUCUGGAAGCGAUUGAUGCUGGUAGGAAGACGAUAUACGAAGCUAAAGUCUGGGUGAAGCCAUGGAUGAACUUCAUGCAGUUGCAGGAAUUUAAGCAUGCCCAUGAUGCCCCUUUCUUUACCCAAUCAGACAUGGGUGCUAAACGUGAUGGCCAUGGACCAGGAUGGCAAACAGUGCCAACACAUGAUCCCGAGGUGCAAGAUGCAGCAAAUCAUGCUGUUAAGUCCAUCCAGCAGAGGUCCAACUCGUUGUCACCCUAUGAACUUCUAGAGAUUCUUCUAGCUAAGGCCAAGGUCAUUGAAGAACAUGCCAAAUUUGAUCUGCUACUGAAGCUAAGGAGGGGAAUUAUGGAAGUGAAGUUUAGGGUUGAAGUAAAUAAGAAUAUUGAUGGAAAGUUCUAUUUGGGUCAGUUUGAACAAGAUAACUCCUGAAUUUCGCAUUCACCUUUACAUGUGUUAAAUAUGUUUUUGGAGUUAUGGUGCUACUUUGACAAUGUGACAAUUAAAGAAAGUAAAAGGCAUUGGCACAGCCUAUUAUGUAUAUAUGUUUUGAACUAAAUCCUUCCAACCUUUUAUACUAAUAAGUUUAAUAAGUUGGCUUGA